AUGAUUAAUAGUGCGGGGGUGCGAUCAAGUGUAAACAGCUACUUGGUGCGCUACGGCCAUAUUCUGCCGCUGAUCACGUUGCUGUUGUGUAUCGUGGUGGCGACUUCGGUUACCAUUGUCCGGGAGGUGCGGUACGAGAACCAGUCAAUGAACAACAGUGGCAACGAGAACUCGAACAGUACCGACUAUGACAAUACUACGACUACAACUACAACUACAACUACAACAACCACUUUGGCACCUCAGCAAGACGCAUCUACCGCCGCAUAA